UCUUGAAGAUUUGGUAGAAGAUGAAGAUUUGGCUGAGGAUCUAGAAGAAGGUGAAGAAACUCAAAAUAAAGAAAUGGAACUUAGUGAUGAAGAUUUGGAUAGAACUGUGGAAGAUAAGACUUUACUUAACUGCAAGGAGAACAAGAAUGGAGUCUAAUUUGAAUCAAGAUGGAGUGCCUAGGCCAUCUUAUGUUUUUAGUGCUGACUCAAUUGCAAGACCUUCAGAAAUAAAUUUUGAUGGUAUCAAGCUUGAUCUCUCUCAUGAGUUUUCCUUAGUUGCUUCAAAGACUGAGGUAAACAACUUGGAAUCAAAAGAUUAUCUCCAGGUUUGUCUUCGAAUAAGACCAUUCACACAGUCAGAGAAAGAACAUGAAUCAGAGGGCUGUGUGCAAAUUCUGGAUUCACACAGUGUUCUCUUGAAAGAGCCUCAAAGCAUCCUAGGUCACUUAAGUGAAAAAAGCUCUGGGCUGAUGGCACAAAAAUUCAGUUUUUCCAAGGUUUUUGGCCCAGAAACUACACAGAAGGAAUUCUUUCAUGGUUGUAUUAUGCAACCAGUAAGAGACCUAUUGAAAGGACAAAGUCGUCUAAUUUUCACCUAUGGCUUUACCAAUUCUGGAAAAACAUACACAUUUCGAGGUACAGAGGAAAACAUUGGAAUUCUUCCACGAACUCUGAAUGUGUUGUUUGCCAAUCUUCAGGAAAAACUGUAUACAAAGAUGAACAUUAAACCGAAUAGAUCAAGAGAAUAUUUACGGUUAUCACCCGCCCAAGAGAAAGAAGAAGUUAUAAACAAAAGUACAUUGCUUCGGCAAAUUAAAGAGGUUGUUACACUUAGUGACAAUGAUGAUACCCUUCAUGGAAGCUUCACCAACUCUAUGAAUAUUCCAGAGCUCGAAGAAUCCCUGAAAGAUUGUGAACCAUCUAGCUUGAAUACGGAUAAUAUAAAAUUUUCUGUAUGGGUUUCUUUCUUUGAGAUUUACAAUGAAUGUAUUUAUGAUUUGUUUGCUCCUGUAUCAUCGAAGUUCCAAAAGAGAAAGAUGCUGUGCCUCUCCCAAGAUGUAAAGGGCUAUUCUUUCAUAAAAGAUCUACAAUGGAUUCAAGUAUCUGAUUCCAAAGAAGCAUACAAACUUUUAAAACUAGGAAUAAAGCACCAGAGUGUUGCCUUCACAAAACUGAAUAAUGCUUCCAGUAGAAGUCACAGCAUAUUCACUAUUAGAAUCUUACACAUUGAAGUUUCUGAAAUGCCUCGUGUAAUUGGAGUCAGUGAAUUGUCUUUAUGCGAUCUUGCUGGUUCAGAACGCAGCAUGAAGACUCAGAAUGAAGGUGAAAGAUUAAGGGAGACUGGGCACAUCAAUACUUCUUUAUUGACUCUGGGAAAGUGCAUUAAUGUUUUGAAGAACAGUGAAAAAUCAAAGUUUCAACAGCAUGUGCCUUUCCGGGAAAGUAAACUGACCCAUUAUUUUCAAAGUUUUUUUAAUGGUAAAGGGAAAAUAUGUAUGAUUGUCAACAUCUUCUUCGCUUUAGAAUCUGGUGGUCACUCUCCUUCAAUCCUUGGUCCAUUAAAAUCUGAAAUCAGUAAUUUCACAGUCUCAGCAAACGUGGCCCGCAGUGAGCCCCUCUCCGUCUUGGGCCUUCCGGGGGCUCUGAGGGCAGUGUUUGCACAACACCACAGCCCUCCCAGGUUCCGGGUGGCGGCAGCUGUCGCAGAGUGUGCUGUCAUUUUCAUGCUGAAUAAUAAUUCAGAUAAUAAAAUGUUAAAUGUAAAAAGAGCCACUGUUUCAUGGGAAAAUAAUCUUGAAGAUUUGGUAGAAGAUGAAGAUUUGGCUGAGGAUCUAGAAGAAGGUGAAGAAACUCAAAAUAAAGAAAUGGAACUUAGUGAUGAAGAUUUGGAUAGAACUGUGGAAGAUAAGACUUUACUUAACUGCAAGGAGAACAAGAAACUAUUGAAUUUAAUAGAAGAACUGAAAAAAAAACUGAUAAAUGAAAAAAAAGAGAAGUUAACAUUGGAACUUAAAAUUCGAGAAGAAGUUACACAGGAAUUUACUCAAUAUUUGGCUGAACGUGAGGCUGACUUUAAAGAAGCAAUCCUUCAGGAACGAGAGAUGUCAGAAGAAAAUGCUGAAUGCCGUUUGGCGAUCUUCAAGGAAUUGGUUGGUGUAUGUGACAUUCAGGAAGAACCAAGCAAUAGAGUUUGUGCUGUGAAAGUUGAAACUGAGGAAGCACAUAAUUAUGUAGGAUUUGAAGAUAUUAUUGACUCUCUUCAAGAUGAUGUCACUGAUAUUAAGAAACAGGCUGAAAUUGCUCACUUAUGCAUUGCAUCUCUUGCUGAUCCCCAGGAAGCCAUGGCUUGUUUUCAACUAAAGUUAAGUCAAGUUAAAACUGAAUUAGAUAAAAUUAAAGAAGAAUUAAUCAAAACCAAAGAAGAGUUAAAAAAGAGAGAGAAUGAAUCAGAUUUAUUAGUCCAAGGGCUGAAGAAAUCUAGUAAGGACUUUGUGAAAUGUGAGAAUAAGAAGAAUGCUACUCCCAGAAGUAAUUUGGACUUCCCUGUUUCAGAGCAUAGAAAUUCUUCCAUCAAAAAAGAACAGAAGGUUUCCAUACGUCCAUCACCUAAGAAAACAUACUCUUUACGGAGUCAGGCACCCACGAUAGAUGUAAACUUGACCACUAAGAAAAAAGAAGGAACAUUUCAGAAAUUUGGAGACUUCUUACAGCGUUCUCCAACAAUUCUUCAGUCAAAAGCAAAGAAGAUCAUUGAAACAAUGAGCUCUUCAAACCUCUCAAACGUAGAGGCAAGUAAGGAAAAUGUGUCGCGACCCAAACGAGCCAAACGGAAAUUAUACACAAAUGAAAUCUCCUCGCCUCUGGAUAUAUCUGGCCAAGUGAUUUUAAUGGACCAAGGAUUGAAGGAGAGUGACCACCAGAUUCUAAAGCGAAGACUUCGAGCAAAAAUGGAGAAAUGAAUGGCUCAUGGAGGACAUUACAAUGUAACUUUAUGUGUAUAAUCAUUGUAACGUUCAGCUCUAC